UUUUUUUCUUUGUCCCCCGCAUUGUCUCAGAAUCCAACAACAAAUGCCCUGUGGCUGCAGCCUUCGACCAAAGCUGCGGCACCAGCGCUUGGUGGACGGCGUCUUCCCGCUGGACCCUUCCGACGGGAUUGUCUCGCUCAACAUGACCAAGCUGACCUUCUUUGCUCUCCAGACACCCGGCAAGCUGCCCCAGGUCGGCAAGCGCCUCGCCAAGCGCCUCCGCCGCGAUCUCACCAAGCAGCGCUACGGAAACGUCUAUGUCGCAAUCAAGGCGAUGGACUCGCUCGUGCAGGCAUGCCACACGCAUCUCCACUUGUUCGUCGAGAGCUACCUGCUCAUGGUCGAGAACCUGCUCGAGUCGAGCAACGCCGAUCUCCAAGUUGCUGGCACAAACUCGUUUGUCAAGUUUGCAUACAUUAAGGAAGAAGACACCCCAUCCUAUCACCGUCGCUACGACUUUUUCGUCAGCAAAUUCAGUCAGAUGUGUCUCAGCCAUGUUGCUUUGGCGGAAGACCGCACCAAAAUCCGACUGGCUGGAUUGCGCGGCCUCUCUGCUCUCUUUGUCAAAACUGUCGAUUCAAACUCUGGAAAUAUCUGGGCCGAUCUGGACAAAAUCGUGCCGGCCAUUCUGCUCAACUUGCGAGACGAGAAGGCUGCAUCACACGGCCGGCCAAUCUCCACGUUUGACACCUUCACACGCACCGCCUCCAUCUCUUCCCCGACUCCCUUGGUCGGCAGCGGCACUGGCGCGCUUGUCGCCCCCACAUCCACGUCCUCGGCUAGCCCGCUCGACUCGUCCUCGUUGCUGGAGGAAGCAAACCCGGCCGCGUUGGCGCAGUCCUGCUUGCGCGAGAUGGUCUCGCGUGCCAACUUUGCCAACGCCAAGGCCAUCCUGAGCCCGAUGCUGUCCUUCCUCGACGCAACCGAUGGCUGGUCGCCCAGCUGGUUUGCCAUGGAGUGCUUCCGAAUUGUCAUGUUCUCGAUUCAGUCGCAGUUCUUUUACAUUCCAAUCACCGACCUGCUCGCGCAUCUGGACACGGCCUUUUCGCUGCAACGGCAGCUGCUCUACCUGCAAAAUUCCGUUCUUCAGCAGCGAAAGGCCCUGCAGGAGGGUCAGCAAUCCGCCGCCGCGGUGCAAGAGUCAGCCUCAUCGUCCGCCGCUGCCGCCGCCGCCGCCGCCGCCGCCGCCCCCACCUCGCCGCCGUCGUUCACCACCGUCAAGGUCGGCAUGCUUCAUGUGCUGAAUGCUGCCAUUCAGUUUGCACGAGGCGCGUCUGGUCCGUCUGUUCUGCAGAGCUUCAACAUCCUGCUCCGCCAACUGCGCAUCAGCGUGGACGUCAUGUCUGCCAUGCAAGAGACGGAAAUGAACGACCGGACUGCGCGCCGGGUUGAGGAGCAGCAGUACCAACUUGCCGUCAUCCACGCCAUUGGCGUCUUUGCCGACAACCUGCCCGACUACCAAAAGAUGGAGCUGAUGCAAGUGAUUGCCGACAAGCUGUCGAACGACGCCUCGCUGCUGAUGGACACUGCGGCUGCCCCACUGUCGAUGCAGCAGCGCGACAAUGCCUUGGUUCAGCUCCACAUGCUGCAGGCAAUCUUGCGCAUUGCCAAGCCGUACGCGUGCCACAUGGUGGCCGACAACACCUUCCCUUCGACCUUGUUCGAUCCCUUGCUGAAGCUGUCCGUUGUCCCAGACCCCGAGAUGCGCCUGCUGGUCCAGCAGCUGCUCCAGCUUUUGAUUUGCCGACCUUCCUCGCCGAGCCUGGUGCCGGCGUCGGUGCUCUCGACCACGGUCAAGUCGCCCAUCGACACCAUUCUGUCAAAGGAUACGCUGAUCGUCUGGCGUCUCACCGACUCCGAGUCCAACUUUUUGCGCAAGCUGCAUUUCGCGAUUUACGAGCACGUCAUCCUGCAAUCCAACACGGCCAUGCACUUCCAGGCGCUGUACACCACGCACGGCCUGCUCCUCCGCCUCUUUGGCUUUUAUCAAAUGGUCGAUCUCGUUCGUGUCCUCUUUUCGCUCCAGGACUAUGCCGAACAGCAAACCGAAUGGACUCCCAACCACACUGCUGUCAUGCACGCGUUCAUUGCGGCCCUGUUCAAGCUGAGCGCUCGCCUUGCGCGCAACCGCGGGCUGUACAACUACGUGUCCAAGAUUUUGAGCAAUCGCAUCGCCACUGGCUUUCUCGUCUCACCUGUCGAGUUUGAAGAUGACGCGGCAGCCAAUCUGGCCUUUUUGCAGUCCCCCACCGCCGAGACAGAUGCCGCCGAGUUGGCAUCGAGUGUCGCGGCUGCAAACGUCGAAGAAGACGAAGAAGGCGAAGAAGAGGAUGAGGAAGAUGCAAGCGAAGACGACGACAACGAAUCCGGAGAUGAUGAUGAUGACGACGACAACGCCAACAACGCUGCGCAGAAACCAGAGGACCAAAGCGACAAGGCUCCGACCGUCUCUCAAACCGAGACUGAUGGCUCAGCUCCCGUCAGCUCUGAAGCCGACGCACCCGCGAUUGAUCCGCGCAUUCUCGAAGCCCGCCGUGCUGCGCAAGCCGCUGCCAUUGAAUUCCUCACAGUCGCGCAAAACAUGGAGCCCAGCGACGCCCGGAAGGAAAUUCUUGGAGCUGACGACGCUACCGCCGCUCCGACCACCCAGCACGAAUCCAGCGGUUCUGGCACCAAGCAUGCACAGUUCUCUGAGCAAGUUUCUGUGAUGAACGAGUCAAAGAAAGAUCAGGGCGCGAAGAAGGAGAAGAACAAGAAGCGUGCGUCCAAGAAGGCCUCUGCCUCUGGCAAGAAAAAGUCGGGCAACCCCAAGUUCAUGUUUGACGCUGAUGUCACUGACGACGCCGUGCUGUUUGAGCUGUCCACCGUGGUUGCGCUGAUCAAAGCCGAGCCCGUUCCGGACGUCAACAUGGCCGAUGUGGCCGAGAUGUUGCACGUGCCCUACAAACACGAGCGCGUGAUUGCCGUGCCCUCACCCCGAGUCCGCAAGUCGGUCAUUCCGAAGCCCGCCGUCCCAGCCAUUGCGCGCCCUGCCGCAGUUGAGGCUCCUCGCCCCACAACAAUCGACGUGUCCGCCAACUCGUUCAAGCGCAUUCUCGUUUCUGCCCCGCAGCAAAGCUUGACCUCGUCCAAGCACGUUGAUUCGCGAUCAUUCCAGUUUGUUUCCUUUGGCCAGUUUGUUAGCUCGAUUGCGGAUACGGCAAUCCAUCAACACAUGAUCCUCAGCAAGCUGCUUGAAGUGACCUCUGAAGUCUCCGCUCACUUGCCUUUGAGUCCAGAGGAGCAGGCUAUUCUCGACCAAACGGCUGCCGAGGAGGACGACAGCAAUCCGUUCCUGUCGUCCGCCGCUCUGUCAGGCCAUUGCACGUUGAACCUGCAGCUUCCGACUCUGUUUGCGUACUAGUGACGCCAGAUGUUGGACGACUUGCGAUUGUUUUGAAAACGUUGCUUGAAUUUCUGUUGUUUUGAUUCCAAAGACGUAAAUAUUCCUUGCGCUGCC